CACAUGGAGCAUUUAUUGAGGCAUCCCAUUCAGCACACAGAAGUCAGUCCAUGCCAUUCAGCCGAUAGAUAAAGAGCAUGUUCACGUACAGCUGCGAUUAAAACUACCUCACACAACAGAGACACAUACACAGACAGACAGACAGACUGACUGUACACACACACCAAGGAUGGAUAAAAGAGCGAAUCGAUAACACCAGGGGCACUGUGCCACCCUCACACCCACACACAGACACACAGCCGAUGUACCCUCUCCUCCCCUCCCCGCUGUCUCUCCCUCCACCAGCCAUGACGCACACCGCCCCAUAUACGGCACUGACCUACACUGACUGACCUACACUGACCUGCCUGCUCCUCCCCAAUCCGUCAGGCAGGCAGCCAGGUAGCCAGGCCUCAGAACCAUCACUCACUCAGCCACUGCCGGUCGACGUGCUGGCCGACGCCUGAAAGCCACUCAAGGAGGUCACAGGAGACCACAAUGCCGUUUAUGUGUACGCAGCCUCUCUCCUGUCUUGCAUUGGUCUCAUCCAGCUGUCUGUCCGUCUGCCUCGCCCGCUGCAGUGCGUAGAUUUCCAUGUCCACACACGUGAAGGUCUGAGCAGCAGCCAAGGUGGCCCAUCCGUCGAUGUCGUCGUAGCUGCCUCUGUAUGUCUUGCCGGCGGGCAGCUCGUCUCUCUUCACCCACUGCUGGCAGCUGCGCAGGUCGCCGGCAGGACGACCAUCCGGCCACCCCCACCCCAGCCACAGGCGGCCGCCGCCGAUGGCCACAUAGCCGCCAACGGACACACCGUUGGUGUCCUUGACCGCCCCAUCUGUGCCGGCGACCGUCACAUACUGCUGGUCGUCCGGCACUGCGAUGUGUGUGAUGCCGUCGGCCUCGCUGAAUGCGCCACACAUCGAGUAGAAGGCCACGGGGCAGUUGGUCGUCUCCACGGCCGUGGCGUCAGCCGGCUGCUUGAGCUGUCUGUUGAGGUGGGCGGCGAUGAUGUGGUUGCCGGCGUCCUUGAGGACCAGCAGCAGAUUGGUGGCGGUGCCCACCUUGGCCAGCAUGGUGGGGUACAUCCAACCGUCACACGCACCCCUGACACACAGCCACACACACACACACACAGAGAGAGAGAGAGAGAGCGAAUCAGUGACAUCACCACUGUUUCUCUCAGUGGGCUGGUUACUCACUUGUACAGCAGCUUCGGCGUCGCAUUGGCAUUGCCCGUCAUGUUGACGAGCUCCUGCAGUUGAACAGCAGACAGGACGGGCUCGGCCGGAGGAGUCGUCGACACCUGCACACAGACAGACAUACAGACAGACAACAACGAUACAUCAUGGACACAUCAACUCAGCCCCCCUCCGUUGAUGUCUCACUGACCUCAUACACCUCCAGCCGCUGGGCAGUGAAGGAAUGGCUGCCCGCCACAGUGGCCCAUCCGUUGGUGUCGCAGCUGCCCAGGUAGGUCUUGCCGGCGGGCAGCUCGUCUCUCUUCACCCGCUGGCAGCUGCGCAGGUCGCCGGCAGGACGACCAUCCGGCCACCCCCACCCCAGCCACAGGCGGCCGUGACCGAUGGCCACAUUGCCACUGCCGUUGGUGCCCUUGACCGCUCCAUUUGUGCCGGCGACAUCCACACGCUGCCAGUCGUGGGGCACUGCGAUGUUGACGAUGCCCUCUUGGUCCUUGAACGCCCCACUGAUGGAGUAGAAAGUGACGAGGCGGCCGGUGAGCACCGCUGCUGUGGGGUCGGCUGGCGCGAUGAGGGGCCCGUCGAUGAGGCAGGCGAAGAUGUGGCGGCGAAGCUCACUCUCAUCACUCGUGUUCGAUGACUGACAUGGUGCUGGCGGCACGCCCCAAACCCGACAGAGAAAACCUGUCAGCCAAGCGCGCAAAGCUGGCAACAGAGAGGCUGCUCGGGAGGUGAGUCGCCUCCAGGACGGAGAUGGGUGGCGGCGCUUGCACUCAGCUUCGAUGACGAACAGCAGGCCCCCUUCUUCGCCCGCCACUCGGUCGACCAGAGCCUCACGCGACCAGCCAUGCUGAGAACUCCUGACACACACAGAGACGCACACGGCAGGGAGGUUGGCCGUUGUGUGCCUCUCUGCUGUGAGUGCUCACCUGAACAGGCAGCGUAUGUGGGUGUGCGAUUUGCCGAUCAUGGUCAGCUACACACAGUCCAUCAGGUCGUACAUCUCAAAGGCACUCAGCAGCUGCGGCCAGUCGUCGGUGAUGGGGAGGGCCAAGACGGCGUCCGGGGCCAGGCGACGGCGGCGGACGAAAUCCACGACUCUGAGAGAACCAAAUCAGGCCACCGCAGAUGUCCUCUGUCGGCCUGUGAUGUGUCGCCUUACUUCUCGAAGGUGGUCGUCGGCACACUGUCAUCGGUGACGGGUGCCGCAAACCUACAGGCACACACACACACACACACACACACGUCCAUACUGCGCCGUUUCCCUCCUCCUCAUUUGCCCCAACUCACUCGGUGAAUCGUCUGCCGAAGGUGUCAAGUCCCGCCAGAGUGGCGUCCGUCGUGGAAACAGUCGUGCCAUGCACAACGGCACUCAGCACCUCAUAGCCGCCCGUCCCUCUGGCCGCCGAUGACUUGAUGAAGCCACCCAUCACCGCCAUGAAGUUCUGGAAGGCCUCACUGCCCUGCUCGUUCUGUGGCGUCAUACUGAGUGUCGUCUUGGCGAAGAACAGGUCGUGGUAGAAGGCCUUGACGGGGCAGUCGUCGAAGACCGUGAUGUCGUCGAUCCAGCCCGCCUUGAGAAAACCCAACUUCACAUCCAACCUGACACACACAGAUGGAGAGAGUCAGACACGCGGCCAGCGGAUGAAUGUCAACCAAACAACAUGGGCUUUGCUUCCCGCCCACCAGAUGAAGUAGUGCGGGUUUGCGUCGAUGAAGGGGAUGCCGUCGGUGUCCUCGAGCAGCGACUCAUCGAAGCGGUGAAACAACACAGCCAGGCGUGUGUCCUUGAGGCCAUCUUGCAGCAGCACUUCACGAGGGAACUCCAUGGUGAAGCCGCCCACGUUGAUCUGCCAGGGCUUGUCUGCUUGGGUGCUGCUGCUGUCUGGCGCCUCCUUGGCAGUGACAGGUGGCUCAGAGAGACCCUGCAUGGCUGAUGCCCUUCCACUGUUGUGACUCGGAGAGGCGAUAGUCAGGCGGUGGGAUGACUGAUGAGAGUGAAUGUCGAAAGAAGCCGGCUCACGCUUCUCCGAGGAGUUCGAAC